CAAUUCCCAAAACAUUGCACAAAACAAUUUCAAUUUCACUAUUAAUCCACAAUCCAUCAUUCCAUGUGAACACCAACGGUCCUAAUUCUUCUUUUUUGUCAAAUUAAUAUAAAAAUUCCCCAUUUUUUCCAAAACUUUACAAUCUGCAAUCACACUCACUCUGAACAGUGCCCAUAAUUUGAUAAGAUAAAGUGAAAAAUUAAACUAAAUGACACAAUUUUCUGUAAAAUUCAGCAACAAAAAUAGAUACCCAGAUGAUGGAUUCUCUCUUUUCUCUGUUAAUCUUCUGUUUAAUGAUCAAUUUUUCUGCUUCUUCUUUUAACCCACCUGAUAAUUACCUCUUAAACUGUGGUUCAAACUCGGAAAUUUCAGUUGAAAACCGUGUUUUUGUUGGAGAUUUAACAAAACCCAGAUUCGCUUCAGUUGAUUCUUCAGCUAAAUCAUCACCAAUUUCGGUUUCCAACCCAAACCCAUCUUCAAAUUCACCCUCAAUUUACAGCACAGCUAGGGUGUUCUUAGGUGGUUCCAGAACAACUUAUGAAUUCAGCAUCAAAACAAGGGGAAUUCAUUUGGUACGUCUUCAUUUCUCGCCUUUCAAUUCUGAGAAAUAUAAUCUAAGUUCUGCAAUUUUUAGUGUUUCUGCAAAUGGGUAUUCACUGUUUCAUGGGUUCAGACCUUCAAAGUUGUUUUUAAGGGAGUUCAUAAUUAGGGUAAACUCUGAUAAGCUUGGAAUUGAGUUUAACCCAGAUGGUGGCCCAACCGGGCUCGGGUUUGUCAACGCAAUUGAGGUGAUUUCAGCUCCUGAGAAUUUAAUCCUCGAUUUUGGGGUGAUGUCUCUUGGUAAUUAUGGUGUUAAAGAGUAUAAAAACAUGUCUUCAGAAAUUUUAGAGCCUGUUUUUAGGGUUAAUGUAGGUGGAUUGAAGUUAACCCCUUUUAAUGAUACCCUUUGGAGAACUUGGAUUCCAGAUGAUGAUUAUCUGGUUUUACAAUCUGCUGCUAAAAGAUUGAGCACAAAUCAUGCUCCUAAUUACAAAGUUAAUGGUGAUAGUAGAGAGAUUGCACCUGAUAAUGUAUACAUGACAGCACAAGUUAUGAAUCAGAAUAACAUGACAGGUUAUUCAGAUUUCAACAUAACCUGGAAUUUUCCUGUGAUUGAUCAUGUAAUGUACCUUGUGAGGCUGCAUUUCUGUGAUAUUGUUAGUAUUGGGCUUAAUCAGCUCUAUUUCAAUGUGUUUAUCAAUGGAAUGAUGGCAUAUAAAGACCUUGAUUUGUCGGCAGUUACGUAUCAUUCGCUUGCUUCUCCUUAUUACCUUGAUUACGUUGUGCGAAUGGACCAUUCGGGCCCUAUUCAGGUUAGCGUUGGGCCGUCUUCGUUGAGUACUUCUUUGAAGAAGAAUGCUAUCUUGAAUGGAGUUGAGAUUAUGAAGAUAGUGAACAGCAAGGUUACCGGGCCCAGGUCCGGGCCCAAGAAUAUGUGGGUGGUUUUGGGUUGUGUUCUUGGUGGUGUUGCUGUUUUGAGCUUCGUGUUGGUGGUUGUUUUUGUUGCACUAAAAUGCAGGAAGAAGAAACCGAAACCUGCAUCAGAAAGUGCAGGUUGGACUACCUUACGCCCAACGGGUAGCAUGUAUAGUAGAGUUACAGAAAGUAGUACUUCACCCCACAGAACCGGAUUGAAAAUCCCGUUUGAGGAAAUACAAUUUGCAACAAACAAUUUUGACAGGAGUUUGAUUGUUGGUACAGGCGGAUUUGGGAUGGUGUUCAAAGGUGUUCUUAGAGAUGGUACUAAAGUUGCUGUGAAACGGGGCAUGCCCGGGUCAAGACAGGGUUUACCCGAGUUUCAGACUGAAAUAUCCGUUUUAUCAAAAAUCAGACACCGCCACCUCGUGGCAAUGGUGGGCUACUGUGAAGAACAGUCGGAAAUGAUCCUAGCAUAUGAGUACGUAGAAAAAGGGCCGUUGAAAAAGCACCUAUACGGUGGUAAAACACCACCAUUAUCGUGGAAACAGAGGCUUGAUAUCUGCAUUGGUGCAGCUCGGGGUCUUCAUUACCUUCAUACCGGUUUUGCUCACGGAAUCAUACAUCGAGAUGUUAAAUCCACCAACAUUUUACUCGAUGAAAGUUUCGUUGCCAAAGUGGCAGAUUUCGGGCUUUCAAGAUCCGGCCCGCUUCUUGAUCAAACCCAUGUCAGCACCGGUGUAAAGGGUAGUUUUGGGUAUCUUGACCCGGAAUACUUCAGAAGACAGCAACUCACUGAUAAAUCAGAUGUUUACUCUUUUGGUGUUGUGUUGCUUGAAGUUCUUUGUGCUAGACCUGCAGUUGAUCCUCAACUCACACGGGAACAAGUAAAUUUAGCCGAAUGGGCGUUAGAGUUUCAAACACAAGGGCUUCUAGAAGAAAUUAUCGAUCCCAAUCUAAAAGAUCAGAUCAAACCGAACUCUUUGAAAAAAUUCGGAGAUACAGCACAGAAAUGUUUAGCUGAAUACGGUGUUGAUAGGCCGACAAUGGGUGAUGUUCUUUGGAACUUGGAGUAUGCAUUGCAACUUCAAGAAGGUCAAACGACAAUGGAUACAAAUGAUACAUCAAGUGUUACGUUUACUUCAGAGAUUUCAGGAACGAGAAUUGUUCCUCGUGAUUCUGGUAAUGUUGUUAUUCCUAUUGAGGAUAUAACUGAUGAGAAUUUAUGUAAGUCAACUAGUGAUGUUUUCUCUCAAUUAGUGACUAAUGAAGGCAGAUAGUCUACUACAAUGUGGUUGGUUAAUCAAGUCCUAGUUAGUUGAUGUUCUUCAGCACUGUAUAUUAUUGGUAAUCAUCUGAAAUUUCAUACCCUUCUUUGAAAUUUGAUUUAGGGUUUUGAUUUGCAUUUUUUGGUCAUUGUUUCCACUUAUAUAUGGAAUAUUUCCUCCGUUUCAUGAUAGA